GUCCAAGACUACCGGUGCAGUCCUAAUUCAUUCCUCUGAUCUUCAGACCAGAAAGGAAGGAAAGCUCCAUAGUCCAUCAACCCGCUCCGCUGCAAACCAUCAGGAUUCAUAUUUGUCUCAACCGACCCCAUCGACUUCCGUCUUCGGACCGGAGCGUCCCAAUUUCUCCCCAGGCCUCUUUUCUUCUGGUCCGGUGCUGAGAGAGCAUGGAUGUAGUUUUUGCAACAUUGCUGCUCGCUAUCUUACUUGGCCUCCUCAUUCUUAUCCCUAGAGUGCGCAAAAUUUCCGAUGAACCCAGAAAACUCCAAGCAAAUGCUCAAGUGGAGGUACAUAAAGCCUACAGUAAAGCAGAAGUUGCAUUGCAUAACAAAAGAUCUGAUUGUUGGAUCAUUAUACAAGACAAGGUUUUUGAUGUUACCUCGUAUGUGGAAGAACAUCCUGGGGGCGAUGCCAUCUUAGCACAUGCUGGUGAUGAUUCAACAGAAGGUUUUUAUGGGCCUCAACAUGCGUCCCGAGUAUUUGAGAUGAUUGGCGAAUACUACAUAGGAAAACUGGAAAAAUAAUCAACCUGCAAAUGGUUUGGGCAACCUCACUUUGUCCUAUCAUACAUUCUUGUGCUCAUUUGAUCUUUCCUCCUGCUGAAGCAUUUCCAUCUCGCUAAUUAAGCGUCAUGUAUAUCAUUUGCUGCUUUUUAACAUUCAAACAACCUUAUUUGAUCAUCUACACUUCAUUAUACUAUCUCCUCUUCACUCAUAUUGGCAGCCUAUUUUUCAAUAAAGUUUAGUAAGCCACUGGUUUGGUAACUAUUUUGGUCUAAUCCAACUUGUGCUCCUUGAGAUCAUAAUACAUCUUUGUUAUUUUGGUCUUUACCAUUUCAAGUAUUUUUUGCCCGGCCUGGCUUCCUCUGGCAUGAAAUGUUACUUGGGUUGUUUAGGGACUGGUGAUCUACUCAUUUAGCAUCAUAUAUGUUUCUUGACUUUUAAA